CAUGCCUCAAUCUGUAUACACAGAGACAAAGGUGCCGAGGGACAUCUACGGGAUUGAACCGAAUUUACACAAGCGCUGAUAUCAGUCAGAGAUCAUCACAGAACUUCCCAGUCGAUCGAUCGAAAUAGCUUCGCGAGCUUCGUCAAUGAAGACGAUGAGUUUUCACGAUGGCAACAUUUACAAUUUUCGCGAGAGCAGAAGCAUCGAUUCUCGCUAUGAUAUUAAUCAGAGUUUGCAAAUGCACUCUUCAUUGGUAAGAAGGCUUUCCCAGGAAGCAGAAUUGGAGGGGCAUGAGGGUUGUGUCAAUGCUGUGGCUUGGAAUUCAAAAGGUUCACUUUUGGUAUCGGGAUCAGACGACACAAGAGUUAACAUUUGGAGCUAUCCAAGCUGUGAGCUUUUGCACAGUAUGGAGACUGGUCAUUCUGCCAACAUAUUCUGUACAAAAUUUGUCCCUGAAACUUCUGACGAGCUUGUGGUGUCUGGAGCUGGAGAUGCAGAAGUUCGACUAUUUAAUUUGUCUCGCUCAAGUGGGAGGGGGCCAGAAGAGAAUGCAAUUGCUCCAUCAUCAUUGUUUCAGUGUCAUACUAGGAGAGUGAAAAAAUUAGCUGUUGAAGCUGGAAAUCCCAAUGUAGUAUGGAGUGCAAGUGAAGAUGGGACACUGAGGCAGCAUGACUUUCGGGAGGGUGCUUCUUGUCCACCGGCUGGUUCUUCUCAUCAAGAAUGUCGCAAUGUUCUACUUGAUUUGCGGUGUGGAUCAAAGAAGUCAUUAGCUGAUCCUCCUAAACAGUCCCUUGCUUUGAAAUCUUGUGACAUCAGCUCCACUAGGCCUCAUUUGCUCCUCAUUGGUGGGAGUGAUGCAUUUGCUCGCUUAUAUGAUCGAAGAAUGCUGCCUCCCCUGACAUCCUGUCAAAAAAUGAUGUCCCCACCUCCUUGUGUUACCUAUUUCUGCCCGAUGCAUCUUUCUGACCGUGGAAUGUCAUGCUUGCACUUGACUCAUGUUACAUUUAGUCCAAGUGGAGAAGAGGUGCUUCUCAGUUAUAGCGGCGAGCAUGUAUACCUAAUGGAUGUAAAUUGUGCUGCUGGAAGUGCUAUGCAAUAUACUUCAGGGGAUGUGUCAAAACUAAUGAGCCUUACUCAUAUACAAAAUGUAGUAGAAUUGCAAUCAUCUGUGUCUGGUGCUCCCUAUAAUGGUUUUCCCAUAAAAAGCAAUGUCGCUGCCAGGCUGAACAAGUGCAGGAAAUUGGUUCAAACUGCAGAGAAAUCUUUGAAAGAGCAAACAAAUUAUUUCUAUGGAAUUGAGGCAUGCAAUGAAGUUUUGGAUGGGCAUGGUAAUGAGAUCGGACCUACACUAAGGCAUGACUGUCUCUGUCUACGUGCUGCCUUGUUCCUGAAGAGAAAGUGGAAAAAUGAUGUUCAUAUGGCUAUUCGAGAUUGCAACAGAGCUCGAAGAAUCAAUACUUAUUCAUUUAAGGCACUCUAUCACAUGGCUGAAGCUUUAUUGCAGUUGGGAAAACAUAAAGAAGCUCAAGAGUUUGCUGUUGCAGCUGAUUGUUUGGCCCCAUCCGAUUCUGAAGUAGCAGAAAAAGUGGAGAAUAUAAAAAAGCAUCUUGCUGCAGCUGAAGCUGACAAAAGUAAAAAGGCAAAUGAUGGAGUAUCCAAGUCUAAAUCUCGAGCUAGAAAAAUACUAUCAUUGAGUGACAUCCUAUUUAGGACAGAGGUGAAUAGUGAUAUUUCACAAGAUGGUCCAAGGUCUGAAAGAGAAGAUUCUGAUUAUGAUGAAGAAUUGGAGUUGGACUUUGAAACGACAGCAUCAGGUGAUGAAGGGAACGAUUUGGAAUCUAAUAUUUUUCAUGGAAGUUUAAAUUUGAAAAUUCGCCGAAGAAGUGAUUCAGAUAGAGAAACUGGCGGUGUGAAUGGUUCAUGUGAUUCACCUACAUCUUCAUCACUAAAAGACAUCUCAAAUUACCAGCCUGAGGCAGUUAUUGAUAUGAAGCAGAGAUAUGUUGGCCACUGCAAUGUUGGGACUGACAUCAAACAGGCCAGUUUUCUUGGUCAAAGAGGUGAAUAUAUAGCAAGUGGAAGUGAUGAUGGUAGGUGGUUUAUCUGGGAGAAGAGAACUGGUAGGCUGAUAAAAAUGCUUAUGGGAGAUGAAAAUGUCGUGAACUGUGUGCAGUGCCACCCAUUUGAUUGUACUGUUGCAACCAGUGGAAUUGAUAGCACAAUUAAGAUUUGGACUCCAAGUGCUUCUGUCCCAUCCAUUGUGGCUGGUGGAGCAGCUGGACCAGAAACUGCUGAUAUGUUGGAUGCUAUGGAGAACAAUCAGCGCAAAUUACGCCAUAAUCGGGAGGCAAUACUGCUUUUUGACCUCCUUGAGCGGUUUCAGAUGCAUGAAUUUGCUGAAGGGUACUCAGAGCUAAUCUAGUUUCUACUUCAUUGUGAAGGUGACUAUUGCAGUUUCUACUUCAUUGAGCUAAUCUGUGAAAGCUGUUGAAACUUUUAUUUCAUCUUUCCUAAGGAAACCUCCCAAUGGUUCUCAUAUGUACCACGACUCAAUGUCCAACUUUACACUCGUACUGAGGGACGGCUUAGAAAAGCUAGCUCUACUUCCACAAAAUAUUUACUUUAUAUAGCACCUUGCUUACAUUUAUUUAUUUAUUCUUUGUGGGAUAAUUUUCUUUCUGUAACUAUACAGUAGAAUGAUGUAGAAAUUGUAAUAAAACAGUUCCUGACCCUAGGAAGGUAAGCUGUUAAAGCUUGCAACUGGUGGUUAAUCGCGAUAGAUUAACUCAACACAGGAAUAAAAGGUUUAAUCCAUUAAUCAGAAAGCUUAUGAAAUAAAUGUUUCUCAAGGUUUAAAUA